CGCGUCCAUGCUGGGUGUUGCGAGCUGUCAUCUAACCGGGAGAAGGACACCAGGACACCGGGAGAGAGAGGAGCCGCUCAGACUCGUUCCUGGAGAGGACAAACAAACCAGUGAAACCAGUGGAGGUGGAUUGAAACCAGUGGAGGUGGAUUGAAACCAGUGGAACCAGUGGAGUGAAACCAGUGGAACCAGUGGAGUGCUCCUGUGUUUCUGUGGGUUGAGGACUGACCACCAGCGUGUGUGAGAUUGUUUAAGGACUGCUGAUGCAUCGUUUAAGGACUUGUGCGGCGCGGUUGCCGCUUACCGCCUCGCAGGCGGCUCAGACUGUCGGCCAGCAACGGAUCACAGCCGCCUCCACGAGCGGCACAAGGACGUUUCAGCCAAUCAGGUGCUACACAGCACCGGUGGCUUCUGAGCCGUUUCUGAAUGGGACGAGCUCCAACUACGUGGAGGAAAUGUACUUAUCCUGGCUGGAGGAUCCCAAGAGUGUUCACAAGUCGUGGGAUGUGUUUUUCCGUAACGCUAACGCCGGUGCUCCUCCCGGCGCUGCCUACCAGUCUCCUCUGGGUCUGACUGCGUCUCCUCAGCUGUCCUCUCUGGUCGGAGCUCAGCCCAACGUGGAGAAACUGGUGGAGGAUCACCUGGCUGUGCAGUCCUUGAUCAGAGCCUACCAGAUCCGAGGGCACCAUGUGGCCCAGUUGGACCCUCUCGGCAUCAUGGACGCCGAUCUGGACUCGUGUGUCCCCACUGACAUAAUCACGUCCUCCGACAAGCUGGGCUUCUAUGGUCUGGAUGAGACGGACCUGGACAAGGAGUUCCGCCUCCCCACCACCACCUUCAUCGGAGGGUCGGAGAGCGCUCUGCCUCUGAGGGAGAUCAUCCGCAGACUGGAGAUGUCGUACUGUCAGCACAUCGGGGUGGAGUUCAUGUUCAUUAACGAUCUGGAGCAGUGCCAGUGGAUCAGACAGAAGUUUGAGACUCCAGGUGUGAUGCAGUUCACUCUGGAGGAGAAGAGGACUCUGUUGGCCCGAAUGAUCCGCUCCACCAGGUUUGAGGAGUUCCUGCAGAAGAAGUGGUCUGCAGAGAAGCGUUUCGGUCUGGAGGGAUGUGAGUCUCUGAUCCCGGCUCUGAAAACCAUCAUCGAUAAAUCCUCUGAGAACGGCGUGGAGAACGUCAUCAUGGGCAUGCCUCACAGGGGUCGUCUGAAUGUUUUGGCCAACGUGAUUCGUAAAGAGUUGGAGCAGAUUUUCUGUCAGUUUGACUCCAAACUGGAAGCAGCUGAUGAGGGCUCCGGGGACGUGAAGUACCAUCUGGGAAUGUAUCACCGUCGCAUCAACAGAGUGACGGACAGGAACAUCACUCUGUCUCUGGUGGCCAACCCGUCUCACCUGGAGGCCGCUGACCCCGUCGUACAGGGCAAGACUAAAGCGGAGCAGUUCUACUGUGGAGACGAUGACGGAAACAGGGUGAUGUCCAUCCUGCUCCAUGGAGACGCAGCGUUUGCAGGUCAGGGUAUCGUAUAUGAAACGUUUCAUCUGUCAGACCUGCCGUCCUACACAACGCACGGCACCGUGCACGUCGUGGUCAACAACCAGAUCGGUUUCACCACGGAUCCUCGCAUGGCUCGGUCGUCUCCGUAUCCGACGGACGUUGCCCGCGUCGUCAACGCUCCGAUCUUCCACGUGAACGCCGACGACCCCGAAGCCGUCAUCUACGUCUGCAAGGUGGCGGCCGAGUGGAGGGCCACGUUCCACAAGGACGUGGUGGUGGACCUGGUUUGCUACCGCCGGAUGGGUCACAACGAGAUGGACGAGCCCAUGUUCACUCAGCCGCUGAUGUACAAACAGAUCAAGAAGCAGAAACCGGUCCUGCAGAAAUACGCCGAGAAGCUGAUCGCUGAGGGAGCAGUCAGCCGGCAGGAGUACGAGGAGGAGAUCUCUAAAUACGAUAAGAUCUGCGAGGAGGCGUACGCUCGCUCCAAAGACGAGAAGAUCCUCCACAUCAAGCACUGGCUGGACUCCCCAUGGCCCGGUUUCUUCACUCUGGACGGUCAGCCUAAGUCGAUGAGUUGUCCUUCCACCGGUCUGACUGAAGAGAACCUGAACCAGAUCGGACAAGUCGCCUCCUCCGUCCCUGUGGAGGAUUUUACCAUCCAUGGAGGUCUGAGCCGCAUCCUGAAGAGCCGCGGUGAGAUGGUUCGUAACCGGACCGUGGACUGGGCUCUGGGGGAGUACAUGGCCUUCGGAUCGCUGCUGCAGGAAGGAAUCCACGUCCGCCUGUCAGGACAGGAUGUGGAGAGAGGCACGUUCAGCCACCGUCAUCACGUCCUCCACGAUCAGAACGUGGACAAGAGGACCUGUAUCCCCAUGAACCACGUGGCCCCGGACCAGGCUCCCUACACCGUCUGCAACAGCUCGCUGUCCGAGUACGGAGUCCUCGGUUUCGAGCUGGGCUUUGCGAUGGCGAGUCCCAACGCUCUGAUCCUGUGGGAGGCUCAGUUCGGAGACUUCCACAACACGGCUCAGUGCAUCAUCGACCAGUUCAUCUGUCCCGGUCAGGCCAAGUGGGUCCGUCAGAACGGCAUCGUGCUGCUGCUACCACACGGCAUGGAGGGCAUGGGUCCAGAACAUUCUUCAGCUCGUCCAGAGAGAUUCCUCCAGAUGUGCAACGACGACCCCGACGUCAUGCCGGCCCUCACCGAGGACUUCGCCGUGCGUCAGCUGUACGACUGUAACUGGAUCGUAGUGAACUCCUCGUCUCCUGGAAACUACUUCCACGUCCUCAGAAGGCAGAUCCUGAUGCCCUUCAGGAAGCCGCUGAUCGUCUUCACUCCCAAGUCUCUGCUUCGUCACCCUGAGGCCAGAUCCAGCUUUGAUCAGAUGCUGCCGGGGACUCACUUCCAGAGGCUGAUCCCAGAAGGAGGAGCAGCAGCUGAGAGUCCAGAGGAGGUGAAGAGGUUGAUCUUCUGUACGGGGAAAGUUUACUACGAGCUGACCAAAGAGAGAAAGAACAAAGGGAUGGAGGGAACGGUCGCCAUCGCCCGCAUGGAGCAGCUGUCCCCGUUCCCCUUCGACCAGGUGAAGGCCGAGUCGGAGCGGUUCUGCAACGCGGACCUGGUCUGGUGUCAGGAGGAGCAUAAGAACCAGGGUUACUAUGACUACGUGAAGCCUCGCAUCAGGACCACGAUCCAGAGAGCCAAACCUGUGUGGUAUGCGGGCAGAGGGCCGGCUGCAGCUCCGGCUACAGGAAAUAAAUUCACUCACCUGACGGAGCUUCGGCGUUUCUUGGACACGGCCUUCGACCUCGACGCGUUCAAGGAUCAGCAGUAGACCUCUGACCUCUGACCUCUGACCCCUGACCUGCCUCACCUUUGACCCCUCACACUCCUGGAUCCACCGCUCACACUCAGACACACAAAUAAACACAAAUGCUACUGACUACUGCAAAUACUGUAGUACCACUGAGGAAAUACUGCAGUACUCUGUGUACUUAUACUGCAGUACUGUGUGUACUGUGUGUAGUACUUUACUUCCUCUGUAGUAUUAAUGUUUUGGUCUUUUGGAGUCAGAACUUCUCCUAAAAUUGUUCAAAAACUGAAUAAAGUUUGGUUCCUGUGUCAGAGUUACACACACACACACACACUAACGCUCCUCCGUCCACACACACACACACACACACACACACACACACACACACACACACACACACACACACACAGCAGGUCAGCGGUUUUUUACAGAGCAGACGGUUCAGAACACAAAUACAGAGUGACUCCUCCUGUUUCCCUUUCUCCUCUUUACUCCAUCAUCAUCAUCAUCAUCACUCCCCCCCUCCUCCUCUUCCUCCUGCCCCCCCCCCCCCUUGAGGUUUCAGGAUUUAUUAUUGUUUUUAAAAACGGCUCAUUAGCAUCAUUAGCUUCAUUAGCUUGGUUAGCGCUCCCAUUUAAAGCAGCAGCUGAUUGGUUGCAAGGUGAGACUCUCUCCAGCCGGCAGGUGGAGGUGUGGUAGCUCGUUAAGGAGUCUGUGAUUAGUCACCGUGGCAACGCUUUCUCGCACUGAGAUUUUUUUCCUUUUUUUUUUUUUUUUCUCAAACUGAUAUUUUGGGGAAUAAAACGGCCGAUGAAAUCAACCAAAUGCUCAGCUUCUCUCCUCCCUCUAUCUAUCUAAAUCUCUCUCUCUCCUUCUCUCUCUGUCUCUCUCUCUCUCUCUACUUCUCUCUCUGUCUCUCUCUCCCUCUCUCUCUCUACUUCUCUCUCUGUCUCUCUCUCCCUCUCUCUCUCUCUCUCUUUCUCUCGUUUAUCCCGUGCCAAAAAAAAGGAUGUCCUGUUUUUCUUGGGUUAGCAUUUGCAGACGUUGCAGCUGAACAUUAGAGAUGAAUCUUCCCGGUUUGAUUGGCAGCAGAAGAAGAAGUCGGCUGCGGGUGUGUUCGAGCUUCUGUGACACGAAAAGAAAAUGAUUUAUUUAUUUUCAUAAAAGGGGAUUGAACGUUCUCUUCAUUAUUUUACUUCAUUCAAUAAAGAUACUGUAUGUACUGAA